UAACAUUUCCAUUGUUAUGAGCAAUGGAAAUGAUUGAUACCAAGCUAUGCACAUCAAUUCAUAAGCUACCGAAAUAUAAUCAAAUAGAUAUUUCAAAGAGAAGUACACAUACAUAGGCAAGUGUUUAGAGUGGUAGCCUACGUUAUAAUGUGAUGUAACUUACCCCAUGGUUGGCUUUCAGGCGCUUAUCGGUUAUUUAAAUCAUACUUAGAUGACCACACGAGGGCGUUGGUCGAUCACCGUUCGUGUUAGUGCGGUUGCUAGGACACCAGACCAUUGACCGAAACUUUUAAGUGAGGUAAGGCUAACUACGCCAAACUAGUCUAUUAUUAUUAUAUGUAACAGAAAUUCUGCAUGCAAAUGUCAGACUUAGAAGUUGACCAAGGACCCCGGAGCACAUUCCAGACCUAUAUGGCUGAGGGGGACCAGUUGUUCCUCAAAGGCGAGUACAUGAAGGCAAAAGCAAGCUAUUCAACGGCAUUGAUUCUCAAACCAGAGGACAAGAACUGCUUUGUUGCCAGGUCUAGAUGUUACUUAAAGAUGGGGGAUACUGACAACGCACUCUCAGAUGCAGAGACCUCCCUCAAAGAGGACAAAGAGUUCUUCAAGGGGCUGUACCAGAAAGCUGAGGCCUUAUACACCAUGGGGGACCUUGAGUUUGCCUUGGUGUUUUAUCACAGAGGCCGCAAACUGCGUCCAGAGCUUGAAGAGUUUAGACUCGGGAUCCAGAAAGCACAAGAGGCGAUUGAGAACUCUGUGGGCAAAAAACUUGAGAACAAAGAAGACCUCUCAUCGUUCUGUAAGGGGGAGGUUAAGAAAGGGCAGCCGGUGACGGCAACCCAGCCUCAGAGGAGACAUGUGAAGCAGCAGAGCCAAAAGAGUGCUAAGGUGGAAAGGAGCAGCAAACAGCUGCUUGGAGAGCUCUACAGCGACAAGGAGUAUCUGGAAAAACUAUUGAAAGACGAAGACUUGGCAAAGGUGAGGAUGCGUGGCGGAGAGUGCCUGCAGGAUCUUAUCCUCCAUAGUGUUGGCUACCUUGACCGCCGCAUUGACUUCUGGCGGCAGCAGAAGUUGAUCUACGCGCGGGAGCGAGACCGCAAACUCAUGCAGGAGAAAUGGAGCAAGGGCCGUCUCCACAGCUCACCCUCCGACCCCACCCAGUAUGUGCUGAAGAGCCUGGAGGAGAUUGACGGAGCGCUGACCUCUGGGAACUUGGAGUGGAGUCUGAAGGAGGCCCGCCACGUAAUGAGGACAGUGCAGGGUUGGCCGGAGGAGGAUCUGCCCAAUAGAAACGAGGUGCUGGCCAACCUGCACUCCUGCAUCGGGAACGCCCUGAUGGACCUGGGCAAGAUGGACCAAGCACUGACUCAGUACCAGAAAAGCCUAAAGCUGGCAAUACACAGUGAACUGCCUGAUGCAAAGUCCCAGGCGCUGGACAACAUUGGUCGAGUCUAUGCCCAUACCGGGAAGUUCACCGAGGCGAUUAAUGUGUGGGAAGAGAAGAUUCCAUUGGUUCGUGACAGCGUGGAGAAGACCUGGUUGUUCUAUGAGAUCGGACGCUGCUACCUGGAACUGAAGCGUCACACAGAAGCGCGGGAGUAUGGCUGUCGAUCCCUUGACACAGCAGAGGAGAUUGGAGACGACAAAUGGCUGCUCAAUGCCAGUGUUCUGGUGGCACAGGCAGAUUUGCACCUUGGGGACUUCCAGUCCAGCACGUCACACUUUGAGGAGGCCUUGAAGCGAGCUAAAAUGCUUAAAGACGACUCUGCCGUUGAUGCCGUUCAGAAGGCCCUCUUCUUGGCAAGACAAAAUUCUGUGAAAUAACAUGUGGGGUUACUUGACAGAAGGCAUGACGAUUCAAUAAAAGAGACCAACCACUACCUUCAUGUUUCUGAUCAUCAUCUUUUUUUUAAUGAGUUUGGAGUUGUCUAAAUAAUCACAUUAAAAACAAACCUAUUUGUCUCUUUUUGCUGACCAAAAUACCAUGAAUCGAAACCACCUUACUUUCCAUAUGUUGCUGCUACAACGUGUUUAUGUAAAUGUUGCCAUUAUCACUUGAUUAUGUAAAUGUUGCCCAAUAAGAACAGACCUUUGUUUUCAUGACUUGUGUGAAGAUAUGGUCCAGGCUAUGCUUUAUUUUCCACUGGAUUAGGUUUCUAACUUGCAUUCAUUUGGAAAACUAUGUGUUAUGUAUCAUAAGUAAUGUGAAAUAUAAAAAAAUCGGUAUAUCAAAAAUAUGGAAAAUCGUGUAAUCUCUUUGAUAUGUACCCUACUUCCUCUCCUUUAGCA